AUGGCAUCGCCUUCGCUUCCCAACAGCUAUGCAGCCCUCGACCUCCCGACCCUCCAGCUCUUCCAUCAUCCCCCCUCUUCCAAAGAAGUCACACAUGUCAUAGUCAUAAAGCUUCACCGUCCUGAAGCUCGUAAUGCUUUCACCGACACAAUGGCGGCUUCGCUCUCCCAUGCGCUCAACACACUCUCUGUUGAUCCUCGCGUUCGCGCCAUAGUUCUCACUUCAUCGGAUCCAAAGAAUCGCAUGUACUGCGCUGGUAUGGACUUCAACGAGGAACAUGCGCUGGGGAAAGAUGCUGCCGAUCAUCGCGACUCGGGCGGCAUUGUCACUUUGCCUAUGUAUCGCUGCAACAAGCCUGUUAUCGUCGCCAUCAACGGCUCUGCUGUUGGCGUGGGUAUCACAAUGACUCUCGGCGCCAACAUCCGCGUUGUGAGCCGCGACGCCCAGAUUGGCUUUGUGUUUGGUCGCCGUGGUUUCAGCAUGGAGGCAUGCAGCAGUUUCUUCCUCCCACGCCUCAUAGGAACAAGCCGUGCACUUCACCUCACCACCACUGGCGCUGUCUACCCUGCCACUCACAAGCUUUUUGACGGUCUCUUCAGCGAGAUUGUUGCACCUGAAGAGGUUCUUCCCACGGCGCUCAAGAUCGCGGAUGAAAUAGCGGCUAAUGUAAGUGGUGUCUCUGCGCGGGUAAUGAAGGAUAUGAUUUACAGGGGAGCCUCGUCGCCCGAGGAGGCGCAUUUGCUUGAGAGCAAGAUAUUUUGGGACUUGUUCACAGGCAAGGAUGCGAAAGAGGGGAUGAAUAGCUUCUUGGGCAAGAGGAAGCCAGAUUUCACGGGGACUAUGGACAAGAAUGCGCCCAAAAUCUACCCUUGGUGGACGCCCGUAGAUAUUGCCAGGCCAAAGCUGUAG